AUGGCAGGAUCACCAAGCGAACAACCUGCGUCGGGUUCCCCUGUGCGCGCGAAGACUAGCUCUCCUGCCAGGUCCAAGACCGCUUCCCCAGUGAGGUCCAAUGCUGCCUCUCCAACCGGACUUGGCUCGCCCCCAAGUGAACACCAGAAUGAAACAGCUCAAAUUGAGGUUGACGACGAGGGCGUUGGAUCUGACGCCGCAUCAACCGUUGAUGAUCGGUGGUCUUCAUAUACGGCGUCAAUAACUUCAAGCGUGGUCGACUACCCUACAGAGCAUGGUCGUCGCUACCAUGCUUUCCGAUCUGGAUCAUACUGGGGUCCUAACGAUGAGAGCGAGAGCGACCGCCUGGACUUUUUGCAUAUGAUGAUGGUAAAAGCCACCGGAGAGAAACUCUAUUUAGCCCCGAUUGAGGAAGAAAAAGUCCAUCGAAUUCUUGACAUCGGCACCGGGACUGGAAUUUGGGCAAUGCUCAUGGGUGAGGAGUUUCCGAAUGCAGAAGUGGUGGGAAAUGAUCUGAGCGCUAUUCAGCCAACUUGGGUCUUGCCGAACGUCAAGUUUGAGAUCGAUGACGUUGAAAGUCCUUGGAUCAACUCGAGAAAGUAUGACUUCAUAUUUUGCAGAGAUAUGGCGGCGUCACUCGGAGACUGGCCGAAGCUUAUGGAGAGGAUACAUGAGAAUUUAAACCCUGGCGGCUGGGUUGAAUUCCAGGACUUCAACUUGCGUUACACGUCCGACGACGGGACUUACACCGAGCAGUACAAGACCCAUAAGUGGUCCAACAUAUUCUUUGAAGCGUGCGAACGCAUCAACCGCGAAGCCAACCCGGGACCUAAACUGGAGGGCUGGGUUCGAGAGACUGGCGAUUACGUCAAUGUUUUCCACCAGAAGUUCAAGAUUCCUGUUGGGGACUGGCCGAAAGACCCCUACUAUAAGGAAUUGGGCCUGAUCAACCUGAUGCAGAUCUUGGAUGGACUGGAAGCGUUUACUUUGAGACUCUUUACCAGUGUAUUAGGAUGGACCAAAGAGGAGGUUUUGGUCCUUCUCGCAGAGGUCCGUCGCGAGCUGAAGUCUAGAAGUUUCCAUGCCUAUAUGGAGUACUACGUUGUUUAUGCGCAGAAGCCUGAAGUGGAGCAAUGA